ACCUCAUUGAUUCUCUUGAGUUGACUCAAAGGUCAGAGGAGAGAGAAAAUGGCGUCGGCCAUGACAGUAGCUUCUUCAUCAAACUCCCGAAUUCCACUUCUUCUCUCCGAAGGAGACAUCGUUGAUGGAACUGUAGACUACAAAGGUCGCCCUGCAAUUCGAACUAAACAUGGCCGUUGGAAAUCCGCUUCUUUCAUCAUUGGGAUGGAAAUUGCAGAAAGAAUAGCAUAUUAUGGAAUUACAUCAAAUUUAAUAAGCUAUUUAACUGGACCUUUGGGUGAAUCAACGGCUAGUGCCGCAGCAAAUGUGAAUGCUUGGACUGGAUUUGGGUGUCUUUUCCCUGUGGUUGGUGCAAUUGUUGCUGAUUCUUUUCUGGGUCGUUAUCGCACCAUUGUUGUGUCUUCCUUUAUUUACAUCUUGGGACUGGCCUUGUUAACUCUUUCAGCGAUCCUGCCUUACACCAGCUCUGUAAACUACAAAAAGACCACAAUUGGCAUGUUGUGUGAUUCACCUCAUUUCCAAAUUAUAUCAAUAUUUUUCUCUCUAUAUCUUGUGUCCAUUGGACAAUCUGGUCAUAGGCCUUGUGUCCAAGCUUUUGGAGCAGACCAGUUUGAUGGACAAAAUUUCCACGAGAGCAAAGCCAAAAGCUCGUUCUUCAAUUGGUGGUACAUGGGCAUGUGUCUUGGUCCAUUGCUCGUACUCUCUGUAAUAAACUACAUUCAGGAUAAUGUGGGCUGGGGCUUUGGAUUUGGAAUUCCUUGCAUCAUUAUGACGCUUGCUUUGCUGGUCUUUUUGCUUGGGAGUCCGACCUAUAGGCAUGUCAUUAGAGGUGAAGAGCGCAGUGCAUUUGUGAGGAUUGGAAGAGUGCUUUCGGCAGCAGCAAUGAAUUGGCGUAUAAAGCAGUCAACAAUUGAUGUUGAAGAGGAAGCUCAGGGAUUCAGUCCGAGCCAUGGCUCUAAACAAUUUCGGUUCUUGGACAAAGCUCUGGUUGCUCCUAGGAGUUCCGAUGACAUUGGUAAAGUUUGUUGCAAGAGCGAGGUUGAAGAGGUGAAGGCAGUACUGAGACUGUUCCCUAUAUGGGCAACCAGCAUUGUAUAUGCUAUCGUGUUUUCACAAUCCUUAACUUUUUUCACCAAACAAGGUCUUACCAUGGAUAGAUCAUUAGGGCCUAGCUUUUCAAUCCCACCGGCUUCAUUACAGUCCUUUAUAAACAUCUCUGUUGUCGUCGUUAUUCCCAUCUAUGAUCGUAUCUUAGUUCCAAUAUCGAGAUCUUUUACUGGGAAACCUGGUGGAAUAACAGUGCUGCAGAGAGUUGGAACUGGGAUGUUAAUCUCCACUGUCUCAAUGAUAACUGCAGCUAUAGUUGAAAAGAAACGCCUCGAAACUGCAUUAGAAAACGGGUUGAUUGAUUUACCAGAUGUAACAGUUCCGAUGAGUGUCUGGUGGUUGGUCCCACAGUACGUGCUGCUGGGUAUUUCAGAAGUUUUCACUAUGGUUGGAUUGCAGGAAUUUUUCUAUGACCAAGUUCCUACCGAGUUAAGAAGUGUAGGUCUUUCGCUCUAUUUGAGUGUUUUCGGGGUGGGGAGCCUUUUGAGCAGCUUAAUGAUAUCCAUCAUCGACAAAGCAACUGGCAGCAAUGGCCAAGACAGUUGGUUUUCAAGUAACCUUAACCGCGGCCAUCUUGAUUAUUUUUACUGCCUGCUUGCUGCUUUUAGUGCCAUACAACUUAUGGUUUUUGUGUAUUUUGCAAAGUGUUACAUAUAUAAUAAGAAAAGUUAAGUUGAAUAUAACUUGGUAGGAGAAGAUCCAGACUCUGAAGUUUCCUCAUUUCCUGCGGAUUCAUAUUCUGUUGUACUCAAUUUUAAGACUGUGAUGAGGCCUGUAAAAAGAAAAAUGGGAUGAUUUCCCUAUUUGAAACUCGUGUAAUUUAAAGGCCUUUUACUUUUAACUUGUAUGAUAUUUCAAAGUGUACAUAUUACUGCCUUCGGUAUUCUUUUAACUUGUAUGAUAUUUCGAAGUGUACAUAUAAUAUCUCAA